AUGUUCGAGUUCCUCGUCACGCUGCUACUCGCCACUGCGAUCAUGAUAUCUCUCAUGGCCGUGGGCGUCGCCAUAACCAUGCCCUUCCAUGGUGCUCUGGUCCGACUGCGGGCCAAUUACAAUCCGCACGCUGUCGGCCUCGAUGCGCAGAGUCGUGUCGGUCCCACUCUGACCACCCUAGUCGGAACCCUCAAACGAACCAAAAGGCUCGAAGGAUGGUGGGGUUUAUGGAAAGGCACUUAUCCCACCCUCGCCUACACCACCCUCGUGUCAAUCGCAUCCAUCAUCUUUGUUGGCGGAUCGUCCACUCGAGGUCCCAAAAACACCUACAGCGUCCCGGAAGCCGGGGGAGUACGUAUGGGUCUCUUCACCAUCGUCCUCACCCUUAUUGCUCUGCCGAUGACUGUAAUAAUCAACCGGUGA